AUGAAGACACCUAUGCGCCAUGGGGUAGCCGUGCUUCUCGUGCUCCUCCUGUGUGCCAGCUUGUUCCUUGUGUACAACGGCAACUUCAGCAGCGCUUCCAGGGACUCUAACGAUACUCACAUCCGACAGCAUGAACAGCUGCGGCGGCCCACUGAAGCUACCGUCAGGGUGGCCAAGCCUCACCCCCCAGUCCUCCAGGGAUACAGUGGCAUCAUCGACCAUAAGCCUCUCAAGAUGCACUGCCAGACCUGCGCCCUGGUGACCAGCUCAGGUCACCUCAUUGGAGGCGGUCGGGGUGAAGAGAUCGACCAGGCUGAAUGUGUCAUUCGCAUGAACGACGCUCCCACCGCCAGGGGUUACGCCCACGAUGUCGGCCGACGCACUUCCCUGCGCGUCAUCGCUCACUCCAGCAUGCAGCGGGUCCUGCGGAGUCGCCAUGAGCUGCUCAAUGCCAGCCAGGACACAGUAUUCAUCUUCUGGGGCCCCAGCAGCUACAUGAGGCGUGACGGGAAGGGCCUCGUGUACAACAACCUGAGGCUGAUGAACCAGGUGCUACCCAAACUUAAAGUCUACAUCAUUUCCUGGCAGAAGAUGCUGCAGUUUGAUGAGCUUUUCAAGAAGGAAACUGGCAAGGACAGGAGGAUAUCAAACUCCUGGCUGAGCACCGGCUGGUUCACUAUGACCAUCGCCCUCGAGCUGUGUGAUAGGAUCAAUGUCUACGGCAUGGUUGCCCCUGACUUCUGCAGGGAGCCUCAGCACCACUCCGUGCCCUACCACUAUUAUGAGCCACGCGGCCCAGACGAGUGUGCCAUGUACAUAUCUCAUGAGCGCGGCCGGCGUGGCAGCCACCACCGUUUCAUUACAGAGAAGCGGGUCUUCGCCAACUGGGCACGGACAUUUGACAUCCACUUCUACCAGCCGGACUGGAGCCCUCCACCACUUCCAGCCAACCGGACGCUGGAGGCAACAGUCACUGCAGCGCCCCUGAUCCUCUCAAGCUCCGUCAGGUUGGAUGGGGACCAUCAGUGGAAAGCCAUUUUCAGGUCUCUCCAGAAAUGUCUGACAGGGACUCUGGCUGGGCCACUCAAAGACAUCCAGAAUUGGUCUCUGGAGCUCAGCCAGACUGACCGCUGGGUUCUUAGUCACCUCUCGUACCAAGGCCCUUCUCCCCUGAUUGCUCAGUUUGGCUGGGCAGCUAGUUCGAGGAAGAGUCCUGCGGUUCUAAAAGCCAAAGUGCUUUUAGGAACCUUUAACAAAGCCCUCAUGGCUUGGUUUUUGCUCUGA